AUGCCUAAUGGCGAAUUUGAAUCUGUGAAUAUUCUACGGCCUGCAGAGGGAAAAGAGGAUCCCCUGCUAGCAUUGCUCAAAAAAAACAUCAAAAUUAUUGAACACAUGAUGUUGCAAUGGCAUCAAAAGCUUGGCCAUCUCAACCCCACAGAUAUCACUAAAUUAGCGGUAGAUCCAUGUCUAGAAAUGAGGAUCAAGAGUGGCAGAGCUUUGCCAUUCUGCAAGACCUGUGUACAGGCAAAAAUGACACAUCCAACAUUCACACCGAUGAUGAGGACUGUUAAACCUGCAAUGAGAUUCUUCAUGGACUUUGCGGGUGGCAGCUAUGAUACCACAUGCUACAGAUAG